ACUGGCUUGGCCAGUUCACCCGACAGCUACGUGUCACCCCCGCGCGCCAAUGGACAAGCCGGACCCCGUCAGCCAUGGCCGUCGCUUGACCCGCCCAUCAGCUCAUCUUGAUAUAGAUCGCACGUCCGCACCUCACCGAGGAGCACAGACACGCACGCACCAUCACAAGGAACUGCAAGAGCACGGCGUCCGGUCUUCUCAUGCAUGGUGGCUCCUAGCUCCCCGCCGGCGACGACCCCCACCACCGCGCGGCUAGCACAUGUUGCAUGAGCAGCAGGCACCCGUCCCAGCACCACCAUCACCAGUACCUUCGGCGCCGGCCAACGACGAUGCCGCGGGCGACGACGAGGGCGCCGCAACGUUCCGCGACAUCCACCCGCUGACGCCCACGCCGACGCCCCCCGCGCGCUCGGGCUCCGCGUCCUGGGACACCGCCAGCCACCGGUCCUCCUCAGAGGAGCAGUUCAUGACGAUGAGCCGCGAGUUCACGGCCAUGGUCGCCGCCGGGGCUACCAUGCAGACCGGCCCCAACAGCAACAACAGCGCCGGCGGCGGCGGGUACGACAACGGCGCCGGCGCCGACCAGCUCACCAGCAUCGGCGAGGACGAGCUGGAGGAGACCAACCCGCUGGCCAUCGUGCCGGACAGCCAUCCGAUCGCGACACCGGCCAGGUCUAGCAGGGCGCCCCUGGACCUGGUGGUGGUGCCCGCGCCGCCCGCCCCGGUGGAGGCACGGCAGGUGAAGAAGGAGGAGGUGGAGACCAAGGUGACGGCGUGGCAGACAGCGGAGAUGGCCAAGAUCAACAAUCGGUUCAAGAGGGAGGAGGUGGUCAUCAACGGCUGGGAGACCGAGCAGCUGGAGAAGGCAUCCGCAUGUCUCAAGAAGAUUGAGAGAAAGCUGGACGAGCAGCGGGCCAAGGCGCUGGAGAAGACGCAGAACGACAUCGCAAAGGCGCGUCGCAAGGCGGAGGAGAAGCGGGCGUCGGCGGAGGCGAAGCGGGGGUUGAAGCUGGCCAAGGUGCUGGAGCUCGCCAACUUCAUGAAGGCCGUCGGAAGGGUGCCCUCCAAGCGCUCCUUCUUCUAGCCUCGUCACUCACUGUCGCCUCGCCCAUUUGCAUCUGCUCUGUUCCCCAGUGCUCGUGUGCCGAGCCUGUUUCUGCUGCCUACGAUCAUAGAUACUGAUCGAGCCCUUCGGGUGAUGAAUGGCUGUAUGCUGCAUCCGAGAACCUAACUGUAAAAAGAUUUAAGAACUGUACUGUAUAUGUACUAUCGCCCUGCUGCUUGUGUGAUCACAGAGCAGCCUUCGAUUUUUGUUGGCUUGUAUCCACUUGAUGAGUGGUAUGAACUAUGAACGGGGAAAUACAAAACCCCGUGCACUUGUGCACACACGACUUAUUUUA